CGCCGGGCCGCGUGGAGGCGGUCCGGCUCAUGGAGGUCAGUGAGGGUGAACGCCUUUCCAGUCUGGCGUCAUGGAGAGACUGGGUUUCUGAGCGGAACAAGACUGGCAGAGUUGUUGGAAGAAACGUCUUGUGGAUAUGUAGCAUGUUCUCAAAAAAGGACAUUGGAGUCACCUACUAGGAGUCUUAUCUCUCUCCCUCAUCCCUGCUCCCACCACCAUGGCCAUUCGCCUGAUGAAGCAGUGCACCUGCCUGCUUAGAGAAGCGACACGCCUGGUUCCUACCGUUGCUCCAGUUGGCCGACUGAGACUUGCUGGCGUGGCCUGUAAGACUUUGACUUCCUCAGUCAGUUCCCCCUCCUCAGGUUCCUUGACGGAGCUGUUGGGGAAAGAGCAGGUGUUUACUCCCUACCCAGAGCACCAAGAGGUGGAUCACCUCAUUGAGAAAGCCACCAGGCCAGAGGAGCUGCUGGAGCUGCUGGGUGCUGACCACAGCCUGCACCACAAUCAUGCGGCCCUCAUCCUCAUCCGCCUGUCCUACCUGCUGUCUGAGAAGCCGAAGGAAAAGGCCUUGCUUGUAGAGGAUGCUCGCUUUCAGCAACUUGUCAGGCUGGUUGACAGUCAGAUAACUUCUGUCUGGCAUGGGACUCUUGUGAAGCUGCUGCGGAGCCUGUACAUACUAGUGCUUCCUCAGAUCUCCAAGGAGCUGCGGUCAGUGGAGCAGGAAGUGCGCUGGCGUCUGCGGAGGCUCAAGUAUAAGCACUUGGCCUUCCUGGUUGAGUCCUGUGCCUCCUUCAUGAAGGAGAAACACUCCCAGGAGCUGCUGGCGGAGCUGCUGAUGCACCUGGAGAGACGCUGGACAGAGAUCAAUGACAGCCGUACAUUGGUGACCAUGAUGACAGUGGGAGGGCGUCUCUCAGAGUCACUGAUGAACCGCCUGGAAGACAAGUGCCUGGAGCUGGUGGAGCAAUUUGGCCCUGAUGAGCUGCGGAAGGUGCUAGUGACGCUGGCAGCACAGAGCCGGCGGUCGGUGCCCUUGCUGCGGGCCAUCUCCUACCACCUGGUACAGAAGCCCUUCCCGAUGACGAAAGCCAUUCUCCUGGACCUGGCCUAUGCCUAUGGUAAGCUCAGCUUCCACCAAACCCAAGUGUCCCAGCGCCUAGCUGCUGACCUCCUACCCUUCAUUCCCAGCAUGACACCUGGAGAGGUGGCCCGCUGCGCCAAGUCCUUUGCCUUCCUCAAGUGGCUCAACCUGCCUUUGUUUGAAGCCUUUACUCAGCACCUCCUCAGCAGAGUACAGGAUGUUUCCCUGUCCCAUCUGUGCAGCAUUCUUCUUGCCUUUGCCCGACUAAACUUUCAUCCUGAACAAGAGGAUCAGUUCUUCAAAUUGGUGCAUGAGAAGCUGGACUCUGUGCUGGGGAGCCUGGAGCCAGCCCUGCAGGUGGACCUGGUGUGGGCACUGUGUGUGCUGCAGCAAGUGCACGAAGCAGAGCUUCAAGCAGUUCUCCAUCCUGGACUCCACACGCCGUUUCUAGAAAGCAGGUCUCCAAAGGAUCAGAGUACCUUCCAGAAAUUGGUCCACAUCAACACCACAGCCCUGCUGGAGCACCCUGAAUAUAAAGGCCCUUUCCUGCCAGCCUCAGCUAUAGCCCCCAGUCCCUCACCUUCUAAUAAGAAGAUGACACCCCUACAGAAGGAGCUGCAGGAGACACUGAAGGCACUGCUGGGGAACAGUGACAAGGGCAGCCUGGAGGUGGCUACACAGUAUGGCUGGGUGCUGGAUGCAGAGGUGCUCCUGGAUGCUGAAGGCCACUUUCUGCCCCUAAGAAAUUUUGUUGCUCCUCACCUUGCCCAGCCAGUUGGGACCCAGCCAUUACCCCCAGGAGCUAAAAGGAUCGCUUUCCUACGCUGGGAAUUCCCCAACUUCAACAGCAGAAGCAAGGACUUGUUGGGCCGUUUUGCCCUGGCCCGUCGACAUAUGCUGGCUGCAGGCUUUCUGGUGGUAGAUGUCCCAUAUUAUGAAUGGCUGGAUCUGAAGUCUGAAUGGCAAAAAAGCGCCUACCUCAAGGACAAGAUUCGAAAAGCAGUGGCUGAAGAGCUAGCCAAAUGACCUUUUCCAUCAGUUCAGACUGCUCCCAAAGACCUGACUGCUCGGGGACCCAGCAGUAAGUGCUGGGCAGGCCAGAGCUGUCACCCAUCAGAGAGACGAAUGGUCUCUGUAGGACCUUGGCCAGAGUAGGGGGUGCUCAGCAUCUCCAAGGGACAGGUGGUCCUAAUAAAUCCUUUUGUUUUGGUGGAUGCCAGGUAUCUUCCACGCUCUAUAUCUAUCUCCUCUCCCUUAUUUUGGACACACGUACACAUCCUCUUCUUCCGUAGCUCUCCAGGAUUCUGAGUGUACUCCUUCCCCGGCCCCCAAAAAUGCCUGCGUGGUGUGGCACAGCAGAGGAGGGCUGACUUGAGAGACAGAAAACCUGAGACUUAAAUGGGUAGGGUCCUAGACACCCUAGCUUCCCAGGAGACGGACUUGGAGUGUAUAGCAGAGUUGUGAUUACUGUCCUGAGAGGUUCCCCCUCACCAUAUCACUAGAGAGUAUCUGAAGGGAACAUUGGGAAGCGUGAGGAGCAGCAGGAUGUCUACCUUCUACCCUCUGCUGGAGACUCCCAUAGAUAAGGCUUGCCCAAAGGGGAGACUUACAACAAAGGGGGUUCUUAGCCUACUUGGUACAUUCCUCCCAAAGCACCAGUCCAAGUCCUCUGUGUGACUUAGCACUUCUGUUGUCCUGCACAGACUGUUGGUUACCACAGAGAUGGAGAAGCAGGAAAGUGGCUAGAACUGUCUUACAGGAAGGAGCAGGUGGCCACAGCUUGUCUAGGUUGAUGUGGGUCCCUAGUGCUGACAAGCCAGUUGGGGAAGUCUGCUGGCAUAUGAGGAAAUAAAAAUUUAUGCUGCUUGC